AGUCGCACACAGAACAUUUAUCAUGACCACUUUUGACGACAUCUUGGAGGAGGCCGGUAAAUUCGGCAGGUUUCAGAAGCGCAUCUUUGCCCUGCUGUGUAUGGCGUCCAUGCCGUUUGCUGGUGUGUAUGUGGGUGUUGUGUUCCAGGGCUUCACUCCAGACCACUGGUGCCAUGACCCUGGGUUGGAGCAGCUCAGAGAAAACUGCGGCUUGCCUCUAGAGAAGGCCCGCAGGCUCAUCCUGCCUUUAGUCAACAGCUCUGCUGGUGUGCUGCCCAGCCAGUGCCAGAGAUAUGAUGUGGACUGGAACUUCACUGACCUGACCUGUGAAAACCUGGACAGGGAUAUUACGGAGGCCCAGCGUGCUGCUUGGCCCACAACUUCCUGCAAGAAUGGCUGGGAGUAUGACUAUGAGGGCAGAGAGUCCUUUGUCACUGAGUUUGAUCUGGUCUGUACUGAUGCCUGGUUGGUGGACGUCUUACAAGCAAUACUUGGAGUGGGCUUCUUAGUGGGCAGCGUUUGCAUCGGAUUCUUAGCUGAUAAAUUUGGUAGAAAAGUGAGCUUCCUGGUGUCCAAUGUCCUGAGUGCACUUACAGGGAUUCUGGUGGCCAUAUCUCCAAACUACAUUUCUCUGGUGGUGUUCCGAGCUCUUCAUGGCUUUGGGGUUAAGGGAGGUUGGAUGGUGGCCUAUGUCCUGAUCACAGAGCUGGUGGGAGUGGAGUACAGGAGGGUGGUGGGGGUGUUCUUUCAGAUGGCCUUCAGCUGCGGCAUCAUUGUACUGCCCCUCGUCGCUUACCUCAUCCCUAACUGGCGCUGGAUCCAGGUGGCCUUCACACUACCCUACAUUAUCUUCAUGUCUUACUACUGGUUUGUUCCUGAGUCACCAAGAUGGCUUCUCUCUCAGAACAACUCCAGCAAAGCUGUAGAGAUCACUGAGGCAUUGGCCAAAGAGAAUAAGAAGACACUCUCCAAGAACAUUAAGACACUGAAAGAUGACGCACACUCCGCUUCUGGCUCUUUCAUGGACUUAAUCAGAACUCCCAACAUAAGAAAGUACACCCUCAUUCUGAGCUUCAACUGGUUUACUAGUGCGGUGGUUUAUCAGGGCCUGAUCAUGCGUCUAGGAAUUCUGGGAGGAAAUGUCUACAUUGACUUCCUGAUCUCAGGAUUAGUGGAGUUCCCCGCAGCCUUCCUCAUCCUCUUCACCAUUGAACGCAUUGGCCGACGCCUUCCAUUUGCAACGGCCAACAUUGUGUCUGGAGCCGCCUGCCUAAUCACAGCUUUUAUUCCAGAGAGUUUGUUAUGGCUGAAAACAGUGAUGGCUUGUGUUGGCAGACUGGGCAUCUCUAUGGCUUUUGAAAUCGUUAUGUUUGUGAACACUGAACUGUACCCAACCUUCAUCAGGAAUCUGGGUGUGUCUGUCUGCUGUACUCUGUGUGAUAUUGGAGGGAUUGUAGUUCCCUUCCUGCUUUACAGACUGGCUGUCAUCUGGCUGGAGCUGCCACUCAUCAUUUUUGGUGUCCUGGCAGUCAUUGCUGGUGGACUGGUACUGCUGCUGCCUGAGACCAAAGGAGUGCCUCUACCAGAGACCAUUGAUGACAUUGAAUUACCAAACAGAAACAAAGAAGAUACAAAUACGAGUCACCAGCUGUAGAAUCUGUUGCCCUCAGAUGUGACAACUAACAAAGAGAAAGUGGUUGUCUGAGCUAAUUUAUUUUAUUCUGGGGAAUUUCAGCCACACCUACGUAGCUUAAUGUGCUGUACACUGUCAUCAAAUCAGAGAAAAGGUUUUUGUAAAAUGGACCCAGUGAGGAGUUGCUGCAUAGGUAGGCUGCUCUUCAGUACUAUGGGUUAUCCAUAGAGUGGCUGCAGUGCUGUACAAUGCAUAUUUUCAAGUAAAAUAAAAUUUUAUUCUGAUAUAGGCACAA